AUGACGAAGGAGGAAGCGAUCUUUAGAUCUGCGGAUAUGACCUACGUACAGCUGUACAUACCUCUGGAGCUGUCUAGAGAUGUGGUCAGCUUGCUGGGAAACCUGGGGAAUGUGAUGUUCCGCGAUCUCAACGCGGACUUGAGUGCAUUUCAACGAGGGUAUGUGAGCCAGAUCCGCAAAUUUGACGACAUGGAGCGGCUCAGUGCGAAUAUGGAGCGAAUUGCACAGAAAUACAGCCGAGAAACCUGGAAAUACACGGUGCACAGCGACUUGGACAACUCUACGCAGCACCCCAGUAUCAGCAUGUUGUUGGCAACCAUGCAAACCCACUCUCUCGACACCGUCAGCGAUAUCGCAGCAGAAAUCGUGGAAUUCGAAGCCCGGGUGCGACAAUUGGACGAUUCGCUCAAAAGUCUACAUUCUAGAUUAAAUCAGCUAAUAGAACACCGCCAAACCGCAUACGAGAGUCACCGGUAUCUAGAGGUCAACCCCGGCCUGGCAGGACGGGUGGCAGCAGAUGCUCGAGGUCCGAGGCUCAGCGGUGACGAUCUUCUCUUCGACGACGAUGUGAUUAGCGAGACGCUCAGCGAUGCCUUCUCAUUCGAUGAAGGCGGUGCGAACAACGAUACCAACAACGCUGCCAGCGCAAGAAGGCCGCAAAUGACAUCUGCAGAUCUAGAAGAAGGAUUUCGGCAUCAGACCACGAUUGUAGGAUCUAUCGAAAGGACAAAGGUCGAAACUUUGAAUAAAAUUCUCUUCAGAAUACUUCGGGGCAACCUUUUCUUCCACAACAUUCCCAUCCGGGAGCCGCUUCUUGUUGGAGAGGAAACUGUGGACAAAGACUGUUUCAUUGUGUUCACACACGGAGAAGUCCUGCUGAAAAAAGUGCGCAAGGUUGUCGAAUCCCUUAACGGUAAGAUCUUUCCUUCAAACGAUGGCAGUAGCACAAUUCAUACCCUAAAUGCUCAAAUCACGGACCUGCAACAAAUUUGCCAAACCACAGAGCAAACUCUGUAUACCGAGCUUCUCAUUGUCGCCGAUCAGCUACCCAUGUGGAAGGCUGUGGUACGCAGGGAAAAGCUCAUUUAUGCGACUUUAAACUUAUUCCGCGAAGAAUCCCAAGGCCUCGUUGCAGAAGGUUGGGUUCCUUCCAAUGAGUUGAUGGCUGUGUCCAGCGCGCUGAAAGACCACAGUGAACACAUUGGAUCGGAAAACACCGCUGUAAUUAGUGUCAUCAUGACCAAUAGGAAACCUCCAACUUAUCACAGAACAAACAAGUUCACGCAAUCUUUCCAGGCAAUUGUAGAUGCCUAUGGUGUCGCGACAUAUAAAGAAGUCAACCCUGGUCUUGCUACUAUCGUGACCUUCCCUUUCAUGUUUGCCAUUAUGUUUGGUGACACAGGACAUGGUGCCAUCUUGUUCAUGGUCGGACUUUACCUGGUUUUGAAUGAGCGGGAACUAUCGAGGGCCACAAACGGCGAGAUAUUCGACAUGGCUUUUUCGGGUCGUUAUGUCAUUCUUUUAAUGGGAUUUUUCUCCAUUUACACAGGACUGCUUUACAAUGAUAUAUUUUCUCUGUCCAUGACCUUUUUCAAAUCAGGAUGGAAAUGGCCUUCAAAUUUCCAACCUGGAGAUGCAAUCGAAGCAAUAAGGACCGGGACUUAUCCUUUUGGAAUCGACUUCGCGUGGCACGGAACGGAGAAUAAUUUGAUAUUCACUAACUCUUACAAGAUGAAGUUAUCCGUACUGAUGGGGUUCAUUCAUAUGACUUACUCAUUGCUCUUUUCCCUAGUUAACUACAGGUUCUUUCAUUCAAAAAUUGACAUUAUUGGCAACUUUAUUCCCGGGCUCAUCUUCAUGCAAUCCAUUUUUGGUUAUCUUACCUGGGCAAUCAUCUACAAAUGGUCGAAAGAUUGGGUGAAGGAUGAAAAAGUGGCACCGGGUUUAUUAAACAUGCUCAUCAACAUGUUUUUAGCCCCCGGUGUUGUCGAUGAGCCUCUAUUUCGCGGUCAAGCGUUCCUUCAGGUCAUUUUCUUGCUUGCAGCACUAGUUUGCGUCCCCUGGCUGCUUCUUUACAAACCUUUGGCCCUGAGGGCUCAGAAUAAAAGGGCUCUCUCGCAAGGCUACCAGAGUGUCAACGAGCAGGCAGUGAAUGAGAGUAUUCUUGAAUUUCAAGAGAAUGCCGGCGACGGCGUAAUCGUUACAGACUACCACGGCGAGCACUCCGAUGAAUUUGAUUUUGGAGAUGUCGUUAUCCACCAGGUGAUCCAUACAAUCGAGUUCUGCCUGAAUUCUAUAUCUCACACUGCUUCUUACUUGAGACUCUGGGCACUCUCUUUGGCACACGCCCAGCUGUCUAGUGUGCUAUGGUCGAUGACGAUUGCCAACGCCUUCAGCUCAAAAAAUUCAGGCUCGCCACUUGCUGUCGCGAAAGUGGUGUUUCUGUUUGGCAUGUGGUUUGUGCUAACUGUGUGCAUUCUGGUAAUGAUGGAGGGCACAUCUGCCAUGUUACACUCCUUACGAUUACAUUGGGUUGAAGCGAUGUCCAAGUUUUUCGAAGGUGAGGGCUAUCCUUACGAGCCGUUUACUUUCAAGCAUCUUGAUCAACUCGAGGGAUGA